UUAAAAUAGAUUUUUAUCUUACUAACUGCAGGUAAAUUCGUUGACGUAUACAGUUUAUGUUGCUAAGCAUAGAUGCUGAACCUGGUUAGCAGAGCCAAAUUUUAGCAAAUACAAUCACUAAGUAUCAGCUGCCAAAGUGAAUCAAAAAUUAAAUAAAUAUGACUGAAGACAAGGAUCGAAUCAGUAAAUACUUGAAACGCUCUCUCAAAACGAUUAAGCCUAAUGAACUGGAGUGUCGUGUUUGUGAGGAAGUAUUUUCUGUGGACGGUGCUAAGGUACCUCGAUUACUCCACUGUGGGCAUACAGUCUGUCAUGCUUGUCUUUUACGUCUUCGACCUAACAUGACAGACCAACAAAUUCUCCUCUGUCCCUUUGACAGACAGCCCACGCAAGUAACUGAUAAUGGGAUAUAUAGUCUGAAGAAAAAUUUUGCCCUGAUAGAACUCCUAGAAAGAUUGGAGCAAUCAAGUACUCAGAAGACUUUAGACCUAGAACGUGAAAGACUGCAGUCUACACAAAAUUGUGACGAGGACGAGGAGCAUAUUGCAGUACUAUACUGUACUGUAUGUGAAACACAUUUAUGUGUAGCCUGUGACGUCCUUACUCAUUCUAUGAGAACUCUUACCAAACAUAGAAGAGUUCCUCUAUCGGAGAAACCCAGAGAGAAACCAAAAUGCCCUAUACAUACUUCACACAUUGCAGAAUUUACUUGUACUCAAGAAGGGUGUCACAAUGCUCUGUUGUGUUACCUAUGUAAAGAUUAUGGCCGACAUAGUAUCCAUAAGCCAAGCCUGGUUGAGAUCGAGGCAGAGAAUAUUAGGAGAUCAAUCAUCGGAGCACUGCAGAAAAUGACACAGUUUAUGGAAAGCAUGAGAGACACAGCACACAAAAUAGAGAUAGUAAUACAGGAAUUGGAGGGCUGGGCAAUAGAGGAUGCAAGACAGCGUGUCAGACAGCAUUUCGAGGAUCUAAGAGCAUUGCUUGCAGAGCAAGAAAAGGCUGCCAUAACAUGUAUAGAUACAGAAACCCGUGGACGUCUAUCUGCUCUACGUCAACAGCAAAAGGAAUUAACAACAACAAGAUCUCGCAUAGCAGGAGUCUGCAUUCAGCUGGAAAGUAUCCUGGAUUCAGAAGACUGGAAGUUACUGAGCAGCGUAGCAAAAGUAAAGGAAGAUCUAGCAUCCUUAGAACAACAGCAUCAGCACUACGUGCAACGUGAACCUGAUCUUUUAACACCAGAGUCAUCCAUCCCUAUCAUCUUCAGCAGGGAUAAUCGGGUACACAUUGGUACCAAAAUCGACAUGCGCGUCGUGAUCCUGGGCCUGGACGGUGCCGGGAAGACGAGUAUCCUCUCAGCCAUGAGAGGUACAACCUUAUCAACACCACCAAUCCCAACAAUUGGUUUCAACGUGGAGAGUCUAGAGUAUAAGAAUCUUGUAUUCACCUUGUGGGACGUCGGCGGACAGGACAAAUUCAGACCACUAUGGAAACAUUACUAUCACAAUACUCAAGCCGUGAUCUUCGUCGUCGACUCUAGUGACACAUUGCGUUUCGAAGAAGCUCAAAAAGAAUUAUCAAAGAUAGUCAGCGAACGCGAACUUAAGGAUGCUCUGUUCUUGAUUUACGCUAAUAAGCAGGAUGUGCCAGGAUGUACUAGCGUAGAGGAGUUAUCAGAUAUCCUAUCCCUGCAAAAGCUGUGCUGUGGACGAGCAUGGCACAUUCAAGGAUCUUCCCCGUCGACUGACAUUACUGGUGCCACACAGGGUCUAGAUUGGCUAACGCAACAGCUUGGUGCUCAUGAGGCAUUAUACACAAUGUCUAACAUAUCGUAAUUUCUUAAUCUGUCAAUUGUCUGUCUUUUAUAAGAAGUAUUGAUGGGUUCGUAUGCCUUGCAAAAAUUAAACCUACCGCAUUAUACAAGAUUUUCUGAUGUACGAUGCAAACUGCACUUGCGAUGAAUACUACGUAUACAUAAAUUACUCCCAUUAACAUUCCAUACCAGUUACACUUAAUACAGAUAAUCAUAAACCCCUGAUAUAAACAAUUAUUUGUCUUUACAAUACGUAAAAACGUAUUAAGAUCUUUCGAAAUUAUAGACUUUCAGGCAACUCCAUUUUACGUCUAUAAGUACGAAAACUCGUCAUAUCGUAAGCUACACCGAUUUGUUUACGUGAUUAAUGUUAAUUUAUAAGGACAUCAAAUAAAGUAUAAAUUAAUUUACCA